AACAGCCUCCAAGCCGUCGAGACACAGAGCGAGGUACCGCGUUCCGAUGAAGACGACAGGAGGAGUUCCCAUGUCCGGACUUCCCUUCUUCCUCUUCCUCUGUCUCUUCUCCUUCUUCACUGCCUCUGCCUCUACCAAGCAAGGCCAGGUCUAUAUAGUGUAUCUGGGCGAGGACGCCGCAGCGAAGUCGAAGGGGGCGAUCCUUGAUGAUCACCAUGCCCUCCUCCUCUCCGUCAAGGGCAGCGAGGAGGAGGCACGGGCGUCGCUGCUGUACAGCUACAAGCACAGCCUGAAUGGCUUCGCGGCUCUUCUCUCCGAUGAUGAAGCCACGAAGCUUUCAGAGAGGACUGAGGUAGUGUCCACCUUUCGGAGCGACGGGAGGUGGUCCCCCCACACCACGAGGUCUUGGGAGUUUGUGGGCUUGGAGGAAGGGCUCAGCAAGGGCUGGCUGCCGUCCGGCGCUCACACCGGCGAGAAUGUCAUCGUAGGCAUGCUGGACUCCGGGAUCUGGCCGGAGUCGAGGAGCUUCAGCGACGAGGGGCUAGGACCAGUGCCCCCGCGGUGGAAGGGGGCGUGUCAAGGAGGAGACUCCUUCAAUUCCUCCUCCUGCAAUAGGAAGGUCAUCGGCGCGCGGUACUACCUCAAGGCGUACGAGGCCCACCACGGCAGGCUGAACGCCACCAACGCGUACCGCUCGCCGCGCGACCACGACGGCCACGGCACCCACACCGCGUCCACCGUCGCGGGCCGCACUGUGCCGGGCGUGGCGGCGCUCGGCGGGUUCGCGGCCGGCACGGCCUCGGGCGGCGCGCCGCUCGCCCGCCUCGCCAUCUACAAGGUGUGCUGGCCCAUCCCGGGGCCCAACCCCAACAUCGAGAACACAUGCUUCGACGCCGACAUGCUCGCGGCCAUGGACGACGCGGUCGGCGACGGCGUCGACGUGAUGAGCGUCUCCAUCGGGUCCUCCGGGAAGCCGCCCCGGCUACCGGACGACGGCAUCGCCGUCGGCGCGCUGCACGCCGCCAGGCGCGGCGUGGUCGUCGUGUGCAGCGGUGGGAACUCUGGCCCCGCGCCGGCCACCGUGUCGAACCUUGCACCGUGGAUACUCACGGUCGGCGCCAGCAGCAUCGACCGCUCUUUCAACUCCCCGAUCACGCUUGGCAAUGGCAUGGUGAUCAUGGGACAAACGGUAACACCAUAUCAACUGCCGCCGAACAGGACGUAUCCAAUGGUUUAUGCAGCACAGGCCGUGGUUCCUGGCACUCCCGCCAACGUUACCAACCAAUGCCUGCCGAAUUCGCUCUCGCCGCAGAAGGUGCGAGGCAAAAUCGUGGUGUGCUUGAGGGGGAGCGGCCUGAGGGUGGGCAAAGGCCUGGAGGUGAAGCGGGCGGGCGGCGCGGCGAUUGUGCUCGGCAACCCGCCAUUGUACGGCAGCGAGGUCCCCGUCGACGCGCACGUGCUCCCCGGAACGGCAGUGUCCAUGGCCGACGUGAACACCAUCCUCAAGUACAUUAACUCCAGCGCGAACCCAACCGCUUACCUGGAGCGCUCGAGGACAGUCGUGGACGUGAAGCCGUCGCCGGUGAUGGCGCAGUUCUCGUCGCGUGGCCCCAACGUCCUCGAGCCCAGCAUUCUCAAGCCUGACGUUACGGCGCCGGGCCUGAACAUCCUGGCGGCGUGGAGCGAGGCGUCGUCGCCCACAAAGCUCGACGGCGACAAUCGCGUGGUGAAGUACAACAUCAUCUCGGGGACAUCAAUGUCGUGCCCGCAUGUCUCCGCCACCGCCGUCCUCCUCAAGUCUGCCCACCCCGACUGGAGCGCCGCCGCAAUCCGAUCAGCCAUCAUGACCACCGCAACAGCUAACAACGCGGAAAGCGGCCCAAUAAUGAACGCGGACGGAACGGUGGCGGGGCCCAUGGACUAUGGCUCGGGCCACAUCAGGCCCAGGCACGCGCUGGACCCGGGCCUCGUGUACGACGCGUCCUUCCAGGACUACCUCCUCUACGCCUGCGCCAGCGGCGGCGCGCAGCUCGACCGCUCGUUCCCGUGCCCGGCGACCCCGCCGCGUCCGCACGAGCUCAACUACCCUUCCGUCGCCAUCCACGGCCUCAACGGGUCCGCCACCGUGCGCCGGACGGUGACCAACGUCGGCGAGCACGGGGCGCAUUACAGCGUCGCCGUGGUCGAGCCCAUGGGCUUCUCCGUGAAGGUCUCGCCGACGAGCCUCGCCUUCGCACGCGCCGGGGAGAAGAAGACCUUCACGAUAAAGAUCGCAGCGACGGAGAAGAGAAGUCGGCGUCCGAAGAGGAAAUAUCUGGCAGGCUCGUACACGUGGAGCGACGGAGUCCAUGCUGUGAGGAGCCCCGUCGUGGUUCUCGUCGCGUGAUCGUUCGCUCUUGCCAUUACUGGUACUGGCCAGAUUGAAGAAUAGAUGAUGAACACGUACAAAACUAUUGUGAAAUCUAUGCGGGUCACGAGCCAAAACUACUGCCUCGUUGUGCAUGUGCUGUACGCCAAAAGGAUGGCGGGUUCGUGUCCCGUUCUGGAGUCUCGGGAUGCCAAUGGCUGCGCGCAUCCGCAUCCUUAUCCACGGACCACACCGUGCGUGCGCCACCGUCAGUCUUCACCGGCGCCCGUGGCCUGCAGGCCAACCACACCCAUUGUCCAAACCCCGCAACGUUACAGGUGUAUGACCAGCAGCGGUAGUUCACGCCAACACGACACAGUCCGCGUGCUUUCGUGCAUGAUGCCACAGUAGAAAGCCGUCGACGCGGGAGUCCUCGCUAGAGUCCAGGAUCGCAGGAUAUACCACGAGCCCACGCAUGUACGGACCGCUGGUAGCUUGUCUUUUUUCCGUUCCAGCGCGCGCUGAAAAUUCUGGGGCUGCUUGGAUAUUCUCUAUCGACAUAAAGUUCGCGAAAACGAUGGCAAGAGUGACGCUCCACUUCGUAUUCACUUGCACAAAGAUUUUUACCAAGUUUAUAUACCUUAGUACUGCAGUAACAUGCAUGGUCCUUAAGUGUAAUUUCUGGAAGAAAAAGAGAGCUGCCAGAAACUUUCGGCGCGAUGAUUUGGUGUGGGGAUUUCUCACUUCUGAGAGUGUCUGAACCCAUCAACAAGCUUACACAGGCUUGCCAGCACCUGGAACUUUUGUUGAACUAGAUGACCCGGUUGCGCCAAUGGCGCAAGAACCCAGUUAGAAACGAUGUUAGUAGGGAGUAAGUAGAUGUAGAUGGCUCAAGAACCCAAUUAGAAACGAUGUUAGUAGGGA